GCCUGCCUGAAAGAGCUCAGUUGUCCUGUCCUUGCAGCAGAAUCCACUUGACUUCCAUUCAACAUCUCACCAUGUUUGUUCAGUUUUGCUUUGCUUUGCUGGCUCUCUACUCUCUGGCUGCUGCAUCUGAUCCAGGCUGUGAUGAACUGAUCAAACCUCUGGAGGACCACAGCAAGAUUUAUGGAAAAUGGGUAUUACAUGCUGGAGCAUCAGACAGUGAAUACAACCUGAAGGCAAAAAAAAUUUUGAACAGCUCCUGGGUUAAACUUACCACCAUACCUGACAGUGAUGAAUUCAGUAUGCACUACAUAGACAAAAUUGAAGGAAAAUGUGUUUGUGGAACCCUUAAUUCCAGCACAUCAGGAAACGCGACCAAGGUGAUCUUUUACUAUAACUCUACCACAUAUGAGCAUAUCGGGCGCUUUUUGGAGACGUGCGCUGACUGCGUCCUGUGGACAGAUGAUGCAGUGGCCGAGGUGAACGGGGAGGCUAGAAAAAGCAGAAACCUCUACAUCUUCUCAAAUACUGGAAAACUGGAGGCUUCUGAUCUUGAGGUUUUCAAGAAGCAGGCAAAGUGUCUCAACCUCUUACCUGAUCUCUAUUUUCUCGAAACUACAGACCUGUGUCCUGAAGAAAAGGAACCUACCACAGCUCCCACAGAUGGAAACCCUGAAGACCAAUAGAGGAAACCCAAGUUAUCGUCUUCAUUCUGCCAUUCAAACCUGCUGUUCCUGCUCUUUUUGGCUCUAAUCAGCAUUCAGAUUUGAUUUCUUUUUUUGUCAACUCCCUAUAGCAUAACUUGUUUAGAAAUAAACUAUGUAGUCUGCUGCAAA